CGUAAUCAAGCAACAGAAAGCUACUUUUUUCAGUGCUGUGUCAACCGUUUGCGUUAGGGUCGUCUGUGAAGAGCUUGACGAGCGCUCUGGUUACAGAAUGAGUCACCCGUGAGCCUAUUAUGUUUUCAAAGCUCCACAUCGAAAGGCAAGGUUCAAAAAGUAAUUCCUUCGACGCGCUCAAAGUGGAAACGCUGGCCAAACUCGACGAAGGCUUCGAAUCGCUCAAGUUCCUCCAGCGGCUGGGCGAAGUGCAGAUGAGCGAGCCGCAGUUCAGCGCCCUCAUCCAGGUCUGCAACGACUUCUUGUGGACCAAGACCACCAUCGAGCGGGCCUUCCGAAAGUACCCGCGGGGCAGCGCGUCCAAUGCGGACAAGAGGAUAUUCCGUGAAGUACUCAUCCUGCUGUACAAGUACGUCACCAAGAGCGUCAUCAUGCUCCUCACGCAGGUGGGCAUCCGAUGUCCGCAGAACGCCACCGCCGAGCUGGGCCAAGUGCUCGAACAGUUGCUCAAGAGUGUCCAGAGCAUAGCCCACCACGAGUGUCUGCACCCGACGCAAAGCAAGUUUGCAGUCAUGAACGUCCGCCUGCUGGCCAAGCCGGCGCGGCCCAAGGACGCCGAUGUAGAGUUCAUUAUGGUCAUGAAGGCCAUGAGAAGGGAACUGGCCCAGCGCAAGAACACUAUCAAGGCCAGCUCGUGGCUGUACCUUAUGGCGCGGUGAUGUUACCGUGCAGUGCGUGGUGUAUACUGUGGUCCCGAACCAGUGACGGUGUGCUUAUGAGUGCUAAGCUCGUACUACAUGAUUUACCAAGCUGAGCUUCGUAAAAAAACAAAAAGAAAAUCGUCAGCAGGGCGCGCUUGUGAACACGUGAUUAUGUCCUCGACUACUACUGUCACUAAGGAGCCGGGAUUUCUUGAAUUGAGUUCUUCAAUAAUUGUCUUUCGUUUGAAAAUAUAAGUUGUCCCUUUGUUUCGUUACGAAGCGACGCUACACGCACUUCUGAUGGCCCGCACAGUUAACUGAUAAAAAGGACAGUUCUUGCGUUGCCUGCAUUUAUGCCGUGUCAUUGAUAGGGAACUAUGGAGCAUGUUCACGUUAUGUUUCUGCUUCAGUUUUUACACAAGUGCGCACAUGGCGUCUCCUGUAUAAACGUCUAAAACGCUAACGCGUUGGGCAAAGAUUAUGCUCACGGGGCUUGUAACAGUACCCUCCCCACUCUCCCCAUAUAUAUACUGGGUCUUCUACCCUACUUAGUAUAUGGCAUAGCUGGUGCAUGUUUCAACUGGUCUCGGCUCUCGACACCAUUCCAUCAAUUCAAAAAACGCGCCAGACCAAGUUGUUGAUGAGGUGUCUCCAUCUAUCGCAAUUUUUUUGAACAUGUCAAAGCGCACUGUCACAAAAUAUUUGCUGAGGUUAGAA